ACUUUCCCCUCUUAUGUGUCCACCUGCAUUUAUUUUUACGUCCUAGCUACCCGCCAGACCGUCAUGUUCGUUCCAAAAGUUCCCUCUAACGUCACAUUGACGCGCUGCGCGUCGCGACUUAUUCGUGACGUCAGCAGACAAGACAGUCUUCGCUGUAUAUCAACUGCCACACGACAGCCCCUCUUCCAGAACUACAUAACAACUCGCAGACCUUUUAUGCCAGCCCAGCAACGCGCAAACCAAAUAUCAAACCAACUUCGACAAUCGUGUUCCACAAUGAGCAAUAACGCAGAGCUCCAGCAGUCCAGCAUCUUCAAUGUCAAGGACAAGAUCGCCCUUGUCACUGGAGGUGGAUCGGGUAUCGGCCUGAUGAUUACACAGACGCUUGCUGUCAACGGUGCGAAGGUCUAUAUUGUUGGCAGGACGGAGGAGAAGCUUGAGAAGGUCGUUGAGGCUCAUGGCAAGGAUAUCUCGGGUCAGAUUAUCCCUGUUGUUGGGGAUGUGCAGACCAAGGAUGGCGUCCAGAAGAUUCUGAACGAGAUCGAGUCGAAGGAGAAGUACCUAGACAUCCUCGUCAACAACGCCGGAAUCGCAUACGGCAAGACUAGCACUAAGGUUGAGAGUGCUGAGGAGUUCUCGAAGAAUAUGUUUGGCGAGACAAGCGAGAAGGAGUGGCUUGACACCUACCAGACCAACGUCGUCGGUCCUUUCCUGAUGGGAACUGCCUUUCUUCCUCUUCUCGCAAAGGGAACCGAGCAGACGCACGGCUGGUCCUCCACCAUCGUCAACAUUUCCUCGAUCUCCGGCCACGUCCGCAUUUCGCAAGACCACUUCUCUUACAACGCCAGCAAGGGCGCUACAAUCCAUCUUAACAAGAUGCUCGCAACCGAAAUUGCAAAGAACGGCAUCAAGGUUCGCGUCAACAGCAUCGCCCCGGGUGUCUUCCCCAGUGAGAUGACCACCCAGGAGAGCAGUGACAAAACCCAGAAGUCGGAGAUGCCGAAGGAGAAGAAGGAGGGUCUUCCUGCUCAGCGUCCUGGCAAGGACACCGACAUGGCUCAGUCGAUCAUGUUCGUUACCACAUGCCAGUACCUCAACGGACAGACGAUUACCGUGGACGGAGGCUACUCCAUGCAGGCCGGAAACUAAGUUCAGUGCCGCGACUACUCCAUGCUUGCUGGCCAAAGACACCUUCCGCGCAUCUUACCUUCUAGCUCACCGGUGAGCAACAUGUGUAUUACCUAGAAUAGCAGGGUGAGGCUUGGGGAUAGCGCCCAUUUAGUCCAGCCGCAUAUUUAGAUACGAAGCAAUGAAGUCAUGAACAAGCCA